AUAUGUGGUCCGUGCCCAAACGUGUCAACUUUAAAAAUUUUAUACAUAUAGAAUACUUCACUAGGUCGUCUUAAUUCCUUUAUACGAAGGCCCUAUAUAUGCCAUUCACUGCUUCUCAUAAUACCACAAUUCUUUACCAACUCAAUCUAGCUCCUCUAAAUUAAGCUCUAACUUUCAUCAAUAUUUGUCUCUCCUUCUUAAGUUACCCAACAAUUUAAAACUCUACCUUGAAAGGAAAAUGGAUCAAAAAUUGCCAGUUCUAGCAAAAAAAUUCUGGAAGGUAGUUCGUGUGGCUUACUUCAUGCUGAAAAAAGGGUUAUCAUCGAAGAGAAAACUAAUGUUUGAUCUCAACUUAUUAAUGAAACGUGGCAAGAUUGCCGGCAAAACCGCCAUCCAAAAUCUAAUGUUCCACGACCAUAAGAAUACACAAGGCCAUCACUCAUCGUCCAAAGACUACUACGAGUUCAGCUGCAGUAACAACUCAGCUUUUCACCUCCCAUUCCACCUGAACAAGCGCAUUAAUAAGCAUAGUGACAAUGAACAUGUCAUUGAAGAACACGAAGAUGUUUCAAUGAUGAAUGCUGCUGUUUUGAAGGCAUUGGAGAUGCUUCAAAGUGAAACGGCAUCACCUGCUUUGCCUGGAUUCGGGAGGACACCUACUGUGAGGCAAUUAAGGAUCACUGACUCUCCUUUCCCUUUAAGAGAUGGAGCAGAUGAGGGUGACAUGAUGAGCCACGUAAACGAGAAAGCUGAUGAAUUCAUUUCUCGAUUCUACAGAGAUUUGAGAAAAGAGGCCUCUGCUUUCGCUUAAUGUGUUUAUUGAGCUUAUUCAUACAUGUUUUUGGGGAUUUAUCAUUUAUUAUAUUACUUAUAAUAUUAGUUUUACUGCUUCGCUGCA